UCGACACAGUAACUACAUUGUUUGGGUCACGUCGCCCCGGCAGGCCGAGCGGGUCAAGGUUGUGUGUGCUGUGGGUCCGCAGCUGCAGGAGGGCUCUCCGCUUUUCCCAAAACCCUUCACGUCUGCCGACCUGCCUGGGGACACCAUGCAACUCCCCUGAGUCUGCUCCCUUGGCAGCGAGCGCCCGGGGGAGGCAGGCCGAGAGAUAACACAGCGCUUGAAGAUCCCCACAUUACCUCAGCAGAUAAGGCGGAGGGAGGGGGAUGGAGCCGAGCGGGGUGGACACAGGGCCUUUGGGUGGAGGAGAGGGCCGAGCACCUCCACGCAGUAGGAGGGAGACCCUCGAGCGGUGUCAUUUAGAGGUUUGGUGGUCUCACCGCCGGUUCCCAUGUCAGAGCGAGCGCAGGGAGAAGCCGGGGCACAGGAGCGAGGAGAGACGGGCGGGAAGAGCCAGCGCACCCAGAGAUGGACGCAGUCAUGCGUGAGACAAGCAUCACAUAGAGAGCCAAAGAUGUGGGUAAAGUCGGACUCGGCCAUUCCACCGAAGGCAUGCAGGACUCAAAACUCUCCGGAGAAUGCGGCGAGAGAGAGGAGUCGUGUGAAGAACCUCAGACAAGCCUUUCAUAGCCUUCAGGCUGCCCUGCCGUCUGUUCCUCCUGACACCAAACUCUCAAAGCUGGACGUGCUGGUCCUGGCCACCAACUAUAUCGCCCACCUGACUGAGACCCUGGACCAGGGGGGAGAGCUGGCGGACCACGGCAUCAGACCCAGAGCAGAAGGAUCCCUGCACCCUGUCAAGAAAUGGCCCAUGCGCUCUCUUCUCUACUGUGGGAACAUGGGAGGACGAUUGACAGGUGCACCGGCCAAUCAGGAAGCCGCUUGUGUCUCAAACGUGAAAGCUGACAUACGGACUGAGAAGACGUCUUAAUACUAAACCUCUGAUACGUGUUUGUAAACAGGUCAUAUGUUAUUUGAUUAUCUGUUGUUAGGAUGUGUUUUAUCACACACUAGAUACAAUUAUUUCCACAUGAUUUAACUUGUAUUGUGAUAAACUGCAAGUUUAUUUGUGACUGACAUUUUAAGAGAUCUUGAGAAGAAAUAGGAUAAUCCACAUUACUUAAAUCAUUCCUGCACCCCUUACUGUGCUAAAAACAACCAUUCACGUUUGUUCGACAAAGACUUGUUCUUUUAGAUAUGUAGCUAACACCAAGAAGACA